CCAAAAGACAGCUGAGAGCCUGGGUAUGAGCUCCGAUCUAACGCAGACAGCCGACUGCUCUGAACCGAAGCAGCCAGCUGACAACCCACAAUCAGAGGGCAGCAGUGGGGACAAUGGGACAUUAAAUGAUCUAGCCUAUGCAGAUGCCGGAUGCCAGACUGAGCUGACAAUGGAUGACAUUGAGAAGAUGGAGGAUGUUCUGGGACAGAACACAACAGAGCUGGGAGAUCUUCGAACCAAAGCACUGGACACACAGUUCAACCAGGAGUCCUUUGAACAAGACAAGACAAAGUUCUACACAGGGCUCCCCAACUUCUUAGUUUUAAUUCAGAUUUUUGAGCUGUGUGAACCCUACAUUACCUGUGGUCCUAUGUCUGUGCUGUCAAAAUUUGAACAGUUAAUUUUAGUUUUGCUGAGGCUGAGACUAAAUCUCCCACUGAAAGAUUUAGCUUUCAGGUUCAAGAUCUCUCUGCCCACCGCCUCUAGAGUUUGGCAUAACAUAAUUGACAUACUUCAUGAAAGGUUAGAAUUUCAAAUUGAGUGGCCAGAGCGACAUGUACUUCAAGCUACAAUGCCAAUGGGAUUCAGACAGGCAUUUGGAUGUAAAGUUGCUGUGAUAAUUGACUGUUUUGAAUUUUUUAUUGAGAAGCCCUCUAAUUUACUAGCCCAAGCACAAACGUGGUCAAACUAUAAGCAUCACCAUACUGUAAAAUUUCUGAUUGAGCACAUGGCAACAAAACCAGGUGAGGCACUAGCAUUGAUUGACAAGAUUGGGGUUAUUUGCUGUCUCUCGUCUAAUCUUUCUCAGUCUGUCGUCCCAUUGGAGUAAGGAGGAGGGGGGUAGGGAUAAUCAGUCAGUCCAGUACCUGAGCCCUGACACACAUCAAUCUGUAAAUAUGUAAUGUAAUGUAAAUAUGUUUUGAAAUGUAAUGAUAGUUUUAGGUGUUUUAAGAGGGGUCUAAAGGCAAUUGUUGACAAAUCUAAUCUUGUAAAUAAACCACCAUGUAAUAUUCAUCUUCUCAAA